CUUAGUAUUUCCGGGUGAAAAUCACGGCAUUCUGCGCUCGGGCGUAAAUGGGGAAGCGGCCGGCGCAGAGGGAGGGGGAGCACGAGAGUGAACACAGAGGCUCGCGGAGUUGAGUGCGUGCGGCAGAGAAAGCAGGAAGCGAACGAGCUCUGCCCACCUGCACCGUCGCGCGUGGCCAUCCGAAAAGACUCUCGUGGAAAGACGCGGGUACGGCUCGCUCUUCUGGCCCUCUACUUUAAUUCCGGUCUGUAGUGGCGUCCGCGGUCUCACGGGGGCAUUAUCGCUGUUUGAGGCGUAAACAACUUUUUUCUUCUUCACAUUUCCGCAUUCGAGGGCUCGCGCCUGACUGGCUCGAGGAGCGCCGCGUUUGUCGAGAUGUCCUCCCCGUAACCUCCAGAAUGCAGCCACUGGGCAGAAACUAGAGGAGCAGAGAGCAGGUCCGUAUGGUUGCUAGGCGACGAGCUCAUGCCUCCCGCCAUGACGGACGUGCUGGAUUUGUGGGCGGAGCUAGGCCAGGGGGAGGCGGAGCUUGUGACGGUGGACUUCCUGUUACCCACCGGCCUCUACAUCCAGAUGGACGUCCCCCGAGAGGCCACCAUCCAGCACAUCAAACUGCUGCUAUGGAAGCAGGCGGCGCUGUACCCUCUGUUCCCGGUGCUGGGGCAGAUGGAGGGGUGUGUGUUCGAGUGUGUGUCCGCGGCCGCCGUGCACGAGGAGCUGGACGACGAGAGCCGCCGCCUGUGUGAUGUCAGACCAUUCCUUCCUGUUCUCCGCCUCCUACGCCGAUCCAGCGCAGACAACCAGCGCGUGCUACACUCCAAGAUAGGCACGCUCAUAGGCAAAGGCUUGCAGGAGUUGGAUUCGCUGCCGGACCAGGAAGUGAAGGAUUUCCGCCAGAAGAUGCAGCGAAUCAGUGAGGAGAAGCUGCUGCGCAUGCAGAUGAUGUCAUACUGGGAGUGGCUUCAGAGCUGCUUCAGCCCACAGAUGGACAUGGCGCCUACUGAUGAUGUCAUCGACAAGCUGAUGGAGGGUGGAGUCAAAAUCACCAUACACUAUGACCAGUGUCAGGACACUGCCAGCGUGCGUGUGUGUGUGAAGAGUAACGUUGACCAGCUGGUGGAUUCGGCGUUGAGGAAGUGGAGCUCCACCCACCAACAACAGGGUUGCCAUGACGACUACAUUCUGCGAGUCAGCGGCAAACUGGAGUUCCUGUGUGGAAAACACCCACUAAUACAGUACAAGUAUAUUCGUGCGUGUGUGAUGGCGCAGGAGACUCCGCAUCUGACGCUGGUGCAUGUGGGCGUGGUCAAGAGCAUGUUCCAGAAGGAGCUCAACGCCAUUGGUGCAGCCCUCGGCCAGAGACCCGCCCACCCCCCACUCCCUGCCAAGAAGAGAGCCGCCUCGCAGGUGCAGACAUGUGUGUGGGAUGUCCAGUUGCCUUUCAAGGUCAUCCUCGUACGGGGCAUCAAGGUCAACGCAGAGGAAACGGCCAAGGUGCAGGUGCGUGCGGGGCUGUUCCACGGGGCCGAGCUGCUGUGUGUGCCGGUGGUGAGUGAGGAGGUGUGUGGGCGUGCGGAGCACGUGUGGCGACACACUCUGGAGUUCGAGAUCAGCGUGUGUGACCUGCCGCGCAUGACCCGCCUCUGCUUCGCCCUCUACGCCGUCUCCCACAAGAAGAAGCAGAAGAGCACCAAGCACACACACAAGUACCAGACCAUACGCAAGGCCGGCAAGAUGCACUACCCUAUAGCGUGGGUCAACACCAUGGUCUUUGACUAUAAAGGCCACCUGAAGACCGGGGACAUCCUACUGCACUGCUGGUCCAACUUUCCUGAUGAGUUGGAGGAGAUGUUGAAUCCUAUAGGGACGAUCCAGACAAACCCGUACACAGAGAACGCCACCACCCUGCACAUCCAGAUACCAGACUACAGCCAGCAGUGUGUGCUCUUCCCCCCGUUUGACAAGAUUCUGGAGAAAGCAGCUGAAGUAGCAAAAGGAAGUGACUGCCCUCCUAUGACGGGCCGUGGUGGUAAGAAGUUCCAUAUAGAGCUGAAGGAGAUUAUGGAGCGUGAGCCGCUGUCUCAGCUGUGUGAGAACGAGAAGGACCUGAUCUGGACCCUCCGCUACGACUGCCGAGAGAACUUCCCCCAGUCCCUGCCCAAGCUGCUGCUCUCCGUCAAGUGGAACAAGCACGAGGACAUGGCCCAGCUCCAGGCUUUGCUGCAGAUCUGGCCGCAGCUGAGUCCUCGUGACGCUUUAGAGCUGCUGGACUUCAACUACCCGGACCAGUACGUCAGAGAGUACGCCGUCAACUGCCUACGAGACAUGAGUGAUGAUGAGCUGUCUCAGUACCUGCUGCAGCUGGUGCAGGUGUUGCGAUACGAGCCGUACUACGACUGCGCUCUCACACGCUUCCUGCUGGAGCGCGCUCAGAACAACCGCUUCAUCGGACACUUCCUCUUCUGGCACCUCAGGUCAGAGAUGCACAUGCCGGCGGUGAGUGUGCAGUUUGCUCUGAUUCUGGAAGCGUACUGCAGGGGCAGCAUCCCUCAUAUUGAGGUCCUGAAGAAACAGGUGGACGCGCUCAGUAAGCUGAAGGCGGUGAAUGCGCUGGUGAAGACGGGGGCGGUGAAGACGAAGGGGGGCGGGCGCUCUAAGGACGCUCACCUGCGCGCCGCCAUGCUCACCUGCCUGCGGCAGAGCGGCUUCUCCGAGGCUCUCGCCGACAUCCACAACCCCCUCAGCCCCAACAUGCUGCUCGCCACCGUCAAUGUUGAGCGGUGUAAAUAUAUGGACUCUAAGAUGAAGCCGCUGUGGAUUGUUUAUGACAACAAGCUGCUGGGCGGCGACACCUUGGGCAUCAUCUACAAGAACGGAGACGAUCUCAGGCAGGACAUGCUGACUCUUCAGAUUCUGAAGCUGAUGGACAUGCUGUGGAAGGAGGCCAAUCUGGACCUCAGGAUCCUUCCGUAUGGUUGCCUGGCGACGGGUGACCGCUCCGGCCUGAUAGAGGUGGUGUUGUCAGCGGAUACCAUCGCCAACAUCCAGAAGACCUCUAGCAACAUGACGGCCACCGCGGCCUUCAACAAGGACGCACUGCUCAACUGGCUUAAAGAGAAGAACUCGGGGGAGGCGUUGGAGAGGGCCAUAGAGGAGUUCACUCUGUCCUGCGCUGGCUAUUGUGUUGCCACCUACGUACUGGGCAUUGGCGAUCGCCAUAGCGACAACAUCAUGGUCCGCAGCACAGGACAGCUGUUCCACAUUGACUUUGGGCACAUCCUGGGCAACUUCAAGUCCAAGUUCGGCAUCAAGCGUGAGCGCGUGCCGUUCAUCCUCACGCACGACUUCAUCCACGUCAUCCAGCAGGGCAAGACCACCAACACCGAGAAGUUCGGCAGUUUUAGGCAGUACUGCGAGGAGGCCUAUCUGGUUCUGCGGCGGAACGGAAACUUCAUCAUCACCCUGUUCGCCCUCAUGCUCACCGCGGGCCUCCCGGAACUCACCUCCGUCAAGGACAUCCAGUACCUGAAGGACUCUCUGGCUCUGGGGAAGACGGAGGACGAGGCACUGAAGCAGUUCCGCCAGAAGUUUGAUGAGGCGCUGAGGGAGAGCUGGACCACCAAAGUCAACUGGAUGGCACACCACCUAGCACACGCCUCCUAACACACACACACACACACACACACACACACACACACACACACCUCCUAACACACACACACACACACACACACACACACGCACACACCUCCUAACACACACACAUACACACACACACACACACACACCUCCUAACACACACACACACACACACACACGCACACACACACCACCUAGCACACGCCUCCUAACACACACAUACACACACACACACACACGGCUCCUAACACACACACACAUACACACACACACACACACACACACGCCUCCUAACACACACACACACACACACACACACCACCUAGCACACGCCUCCUAACACACACACACACACACACACACACACACACGGCUCCUAACACACACACACACACACACACAUACACACACACACACACACGCCUCCUAACACACACACACACACACACACACACACACGCACGCCUCCUAACACACACACACACACACACACACCACCUAGCACACGCCUCCUAACACACACACACACACACAUACACACACACACACACACGCCUCCUAACACACACACACACACACACACACACACACACACACACACACACACACGCCUCCUAACACACACACACACAUACACACACUCACACACGCCUCCUAACACACACACACACACACACACACACGCCUCCUAACACACACACACACACACACGCACACGCCUCCUAACACACACAUACACACACACACCACCUAGCACACGCCUCCUAACACACACACACACACACACACACACACACACACACACACACACUACCUGGCCCAUGUUUCUACCUUCACAUAUCCAAACACAUAAGCACAGGCUUGAAGAACUUUUCCUUUGAAUGGACCAAUGUGGCCUUGCGCUCACAGGAUGAGCCAAUGGCAGCAGAGAUGUGCCUCAAAGUACCCGCCCACUUUUUUACAUGAGAUGUGCCAGACUACUUUAGAGAGAGAGAGAGAGAGAGAGUGAGAGUGUAACCUUGGAGUGAUGAAGAGUGAGACUGAGGAAGAUGUGUGUGUAUACAUAGAGAGAGAGGGAUAUAUCUAUAUAAUAUGUGUGUGUAUUUUUGUGUGUGUAUAUACACACAGAGAGAGGGGGAUAUAUAUAUAUAUAUGUAUGUGUGUAUUUUUGUGUGUAUAUACAUGCACACAUACAGUACGUACAUAUACAGAGAGCAUGAGAGGGGAGCACUAGCAAGAGCGACUAGCGUUUUAACACUGGAGUGAGAACAGAGAUAUCACAGCGUUAUGAGAACAGAUAUCACAGCGUAAUGAGAACAGAGAUAUCACAGCGUUAUGAGAACAGAGAUAUCACAGCGUUA